CCUCCUGUUCCAGCCGCCGCCGCCGCUUCACGGCCGAGUUCUCGCGGCCCCGGCGUCGCCCGGCGUGUCCAACUGCGCGGCCCCCACCCGCGUCCGCCCCGCCGCCGCGAUGGCGACUCGCUCGUGCCGGGAGAAGGCGCAGAAGCUGAACGAGCAGCACCAGCUCAUCCUGUCCAAGCUGCUGAGGGAGGAAGACAACAAGUACUGCGCCGACUGCGAGGCUAAAGGUCCUCGAUGGGCUUCCUGGAAUAUUGGUGUGUUUAUUUGCAUCAGAUGUGCUGGCAUCCAUAGGAAUCUUGGGGUUCAUAUAUCCAGGGUCAAGUCAGUCAACCUAGACCAAUGGACACCGGAACAGAUCCAGUGCAUGCAAGAUAUGGGAAAUACUAAAGCAAGAUUACUAUAUGAAGCCAAUCUUCCAGAGAACUUUCGAAGACCACAGACAGAUCAAGCAGUGGAAUUUUUCAUCAGAGAUAAAUAUGAAAAGAAGAAAUACUACGAUAAAAAUGCUAUAGCUAUUACAAAUAUUUCCUCCUCUGAUGCUCCUCUUCAGCCUUUGGUAUCCUCUCCUUCUCUACAAGCUGCUGUUGAGAAGAACAAAUUGGAGAAAGAAAAAGAAAAAAAAAAGGAAGAGAAAAAGAGAGAAAAGGAGCCAGAAAAGCCUGCAAAACCUCUUACAACUGAAAAGCUGCAGAAGAAAGAAGAUCAGCAAUUGGAGCCUAAAAAAAGUACCAGCCCUAAAAAAGCUGCAGAGCCCACUGUUGAUCUGUUAGGACUCGAUGGCCCUGCCGAGGUGCCAGUGACUAACGGGAACACAGCCACGGGGCAGGCCUUGAACGAUGAUCUGGACAUCUUUGGACCGAUGAUUUCUAAUCCCUUACCUGCAACUGUCCUGCCGCCAGCUCAGGGGACGUCCUCUGUACCAGCAGUUGCCGCUCUGUCUGCAGUGACGUCUGGGGAUCUGGAUCUAUUCACUGAGCAAACUACUAAGUCAGAAGAGGUGGCCAAGAAACAGCUCUCCAAAGACUCCAUCUUGUCUCUGUAUGGCACGGGGACCACCCAGCAGCAGAGUGCUCCUGGUGUGUUUAUGGGACCCACAAAUAUACCGUUUCCCUCACAAGCACCGGCUGCAUUUCAAGGCUUCCCGUCCAUGGGCGGGCCUGUGCCUGCAGCUCCUGGCCUUGCGGGAAGCGUGAUGGGGCCAAGCGCGGGCAUGAUGGUGGGCGUGCCCCUGCCCAAUGGCUUCAUGGGAAACGCACAGACUGGGGUGAUGCCACUUCCGCAGAGUGUGGUCGGCCCCCCAGGAGGGAUGGUGGGACAUGCGGGUGCAGCCCAGAGUAAGUUUGGCCUGCCGCCAGCUCAGCAGCCCCCAUGGAACCUCUCCCAGGUGAGCCAGCAGAUGGCUGGCCUGAGCCUGGGCGGCGCAAGCCCCGCGGCAGGCUUCAGCCAGCCCCCCAGCACCACGGCGGGGGCAGCGGGGUGGUCGGGGGCCUCGUCAGGUCAGACGCUCAGCACGCAGCUGUGGAAGUGACCCUGCAGCACGGCCCACCGCGCUCCCCCCUGACAUUCCUGCGGAGAUGCAGCCGGGUUCCCCUGUUCAUUCGUGUACAUAAUAAUAUUUUUUUUCUUUUUUCCCCAUUUGUUCAUAUUAAGAAUUAUCUGAUUGAUUGACCGUGUUGGUCUGUACUGAUGGAUUAAAUUUGCUGUGGUGAAAAGCAGGUUGAGAAACCAUUUCAUGUCGAGGGCAGCUUUUGCUCACAUUUCCCAGGAUUUCAUAGACACAGUAUCUAUCUGGGAAGCUGCUCGGUCAACGUGCAUAAUCAGUUUUCCUCUCGAUGAAAGUAUAGCCCUCAUGUUUGCAUAUAAGGGAAGUAGCUAUCAUGUUUGUUAGUAAUACCUCUAACAGUAUGAACCCCGCCCCCAGAUUAGCCAGUAAUCCUGUAGGAAGGUACUGUAUGAUCAAAUGUUUAAUCAUAUAAAUAGAAUGUCAAUGUAUCACUGAGCACUGUUUUCUAGUGUAUCCAGAUUCGUUUAUGCCAUCAUUCACGUCACUGUGCUGUUGCUAUGAUGUGCUUAACUGGGAACGUGGUUAGAGAAAGGAAGAUAAACCUGGAUGUUACUACAAAGUUAGUUGUUUAACGAAUGUUUGAAGAAGUCAGAUUUUACCUGCCUCCCUUGUAAUUGGGAUCUCUUCCUAUGUACACAUAGUGCUAACAAACACGAGACCUUUCUCUGCACUAGAUGCAAACAGGGUAACUAAACAAGCCACUUCAACCCUUGAAGGCGUAUCCAGGUUUAUGACAGUAAUUGUGUUUACAUUUUAUGGUGCCUAGUACUGACAGAUGUCAUAUCCCUGUAUUAAACAGAUGAAUCCAUAG